AUGUCGCUUACUGUUUUCAUUAUUCGUCAUGGCGAACGUGUAGAUGCAGUCGAUCCUAAUUUCAGAUAUACAUCACCUACACCAUAUGAUACGCCAUUAACAUCUAAAGGUAAAAGACAAGCUAAAAGGACCGGGGCUUAUAUUCAUGAUAUUCAACUUGAGACUGUGGUUAAGGAAAUUAAUCGUCAAAGAAAGGUAGAAUAUGUAAUUUAUACUAGCCCAUUAUUAAGAACUGUAGAAACAGCUAUCGGAAUUGCUGAAGGUAUUGCUUCCAAUCGACCAAAUUUGCCAAUUGACUCUGUACAAUUUAAAAUUGAACCUGCUGUUGUAGAUUGGCAUUACCAGAGUUAUUAUAGAAAAGCUAUUCCUAACAGUAUUAUCGAAUCUCGUAUUGAAGAGUUACGUCUUCUUAUCAAACAAGAUCAAGAUACAGAAGAUCAACAACAACCUCGACUUGGUUUUAAAAUAGAUUUGGAAUAUGAACCAAUAUCGACUGAGUUACCAGAUUAUCCAGAAGGAAUAAUGGAUGCUUUAGCACGUUGUGGCAAUGCAUUUGAAAAAAUCACUUCUCCAUUUAUUGAGCGUCUUCAUCAAGAUUUAUCAAAAGACAUAGUUUUGAUAAUCGUAACACACGGUUGGUGUUUUAAUGCUAUUCAAAGUGCAUGUUCUAAAAGUAGUCCUUGGGCUGAAGUCGGAUAUUGUGCGGUAACUCGAGCUAGGUGGAUACCGAAAGAUGAAAAUAGUGAAGAUUUCUAUAUAGAAAAGGAUGCACCUGAUGACAAUAAUUCAGCUGGAAAAUGGAUUUUAGAUAUAAUUGCUAAUAUAGAACAUUUAAAGACAUUAAAGUAUGAAUGA